CCUCGGCGGUCCCCUGGGCCUGACGGCGGCGGUCCCUUCGAGCGGAGACGGGCCGGGGCCGCGCCGUGCCCGGCCGCACCCAGCGCGCUGCCAUCGCGCACUCCGGCCGCGCCGCCCGCCGGCUCCCGCGCGCUCGGGGCCUCGCCCGGAGCGUGGGAAAGGCAGGGACCCGAGCCCCCCGCCCCCACCUCCUCGGCGGCGGCCGCCUCCUCGGGCCCGGGCUGCGGGGAAUCGGGAAGUCAGGGCCCCCGGCGCUGCGAGCCCGCGGGGUGCACGGCCACCUCCCCACGACAGUUUCCAGGGCUGCGGCUGAAGCUUGCAGCGGGAUCUGGCUGACAUAUCGAGCGGUGCGGAUUCGCGCAUGAGGUCGCUCCUUAGUCUAAAGUCACCGGUCGGAGGAGCCUGUGAAGAGAGUCUCUCUCUCUCUCUCUCUCUCUCUCUCUCUCUCUCUCCCAGCCUUCCCUUCUAGAGAAAUCCUCGGCACCGCGUGCUUUUCCUUCAGAAGAGCCGCCACUCCACGUGCCAGAAUCAAGAAGGAAAAACAAGAGUCGGUUCAUCCGGACAAGAAGGGGCUGGCCAUGUCCUGAUGAGAAAGUCUCGGGUGUUCAUAAAUGAGUUACAAAACGGUGAAUUAAAGAGAGGAGGGAAUUCAACAUAGGGAGGGCGGGUAUUUUUCAAUCGCUGUUUUAUUUUGUUUUGUUUUAACCCAUGACACUGUAAGGACAAGAGUAAAAGCUGACGGCCAAAGAGUUCGUCUCAGAAAUCGAGAAAGCAAAAAAAAAAAGACAUCGUCGGUGCUGCAUAAAGUAGAGAGAACGAGAUAAAGGAGGGUUGGGAGGUGUCCUUGUGGAACCACAACAGGAACCCAACGUCGGAAGCUUCUGGUGGGCAAAACGGACUCAACCUCGGAACGUAAUUUCCGCGAGUGCCGUUUUCCCGCCGGAGCCUGGAUGUGCGGCAGCCUUCCUCCUGCGCAGGCGCAGUGCCUCGGAGGCGAGGAUGGAAGCCGCGGGCCCCCUGUGUUUGGCUGCGGCGGCGCUCCUGGCGUGGGGUUUCCUCCGGGUUUGGGACUCCCGGGAAAGAACCAAGAGUCAGGAGCAGGCUGGCGUCCUGGGGGAUGGCAGCAGGACCUUGCUGGUGAUCGCGCACCCGGACGAUGAAGCCAUGUUCUUUGCUCCCACGGUGCUGGGCUUGGCCCGCCUGGGGCAUCGGCUGUCCUUGCUCUGCUUCUCUGCAGGAAAUUUCUACAAUCAAGGGGAGAUUCGUAAGAAAGAACUUUUGCAGAGCUGUGAUGUUUUGGGGAUUCCACCCUCCAGUAUAAUGAUUAUUGACAACAGGGACUUCCCAGAUGACCCAAGUGUGCAGUGGGACACUGAGCGUGUGGCUAGCAUCCUCCUCCAGCACAUAGAAAUGAACAGCAUCAACCUGGUGGUGACUUUCGAUGAAGGGGGAGUAAGUGGUCACAGCAAUCACAUUGCUCUGUAUGCAGCCAUGAGGACCCUGCACUCAGAAGGGAGGUUACCUAAAGGGUGCUCCGUGCUCACGCUUCAGUCAGUGAAUGUGUUACGCAAGUAUAUCUCCCUUCUGGACCUGCCCUUUACUCUGCUUCGUAGGCAGGAUGUCCUCUUUGUGCUCACCAGCAAAGAAGUGGCACAGGCCAAGAGAGCCAUGUCCUGCCACCACAGCCAGCUGCUCUGGUUCCGCCGCCUCUAUGUGCUCUUCUCCAGAUACAUGAGAAUCAACUCCCUGUACUUCCUCUGAAGCCUUGAAGAAUUUUCUGAUCCAAGGAACAAAGGGAGAAAAAUGGCCAGAACGCCUGGGUCCUGGCCUUGAGCUGGCCUAUAGCUCUGAACCAAAGGAGAUCCCGGUGUGGGGAGGCCUUCCAGAGCUCUGCUGCUCUGUGCUGUGAGGCUCUAACAAAAGGGGGACCAUGCAGACCAGUGGGUUGUCCAAACGUCAGCUUCUUCCUCUGGGAAAAAAAACCCCACAGCAGUCAAAACCAAACAAACCAAAGGAUAAUAAUAGCUACCCUGCUAGCUUCUCUAGUUCUUCUGAAAAACAGGUUACAUAAUGACGUGAUGUAUGUCAAAACACCUAGCAUAGAGCCUGCUAUUAUUAUAAAUGAUCGUAAAAGCGCUCUGAAAUCACUUCACAGAUGCCAUGGUGUGGUAUUUUUACACUGUUUCCAAAGGAGGCUCACCAAACACACACACACACACACACACACACACACACACACACACACAAAAUAACCAGUCUGUGUUGAAUUAGUUCAACCAAGGUUCCUUUGAUUAAUGUUGUAGCUUAUGUAUCAGAUUUGAAUCCAGGGAAACUUCUCUAUUUAAUAUCACAGUUGGUAAAUUGACUGGGCUCCCAAAGUCUGAACACCAUGUCCAGCAUUUCAUACUGAGAUUAUUAUGAUGUGGGCCCUGCCCUGAAGGAGUUUACAGAUGUCUCAGCUCCCAGUCUUUUGCGGGAAGCAGGAAAUAGGAAGACAAAUCUGGAAUUGUUUUGUUUUGUUAAGACUCAAAAAUAUGAUGUUUUAAAAUUGUGCUACAAACAAAAGCAGUCUGAGGCGUCUAGCUUGGAAGCUACUCCCACAGUCCACCUAAUGGUUCAGGGAAGUGGCCUGAGGCAGGGAAGCUCAGUGGUGAAGCAUGCAGGCUCUGAAUACUUCUGAGCCUGGGUAUGAGGCCAGAUUUACCAGCAACGUAAAGUCUCUGAUGCAAUUCUCCCAUUUACAAAAUGAAAGACAGUCAUGGUACCAACCUCGGAGGAGAUGAUGCCUGGUGGGCGCAUAGUAAAGGGUCUGGCACUCAGAGCUCUGGAGGGACGAGCUACUGGUAUUCUGAAAUCUACAGAAUAAGCAGGCAUAAUACAGAGGGACUCACAUAAGUAGAAGUCCUGACACAGAAAGGAUCUUGGUGUGCAUUGUCUAGUGAGUAUCCUCUCUGCCCCUCGGAUGAAGGCUUGCAUUGCUGUCUCCAUAGCAACAGGUUAGAGAUCUCUCUUGAAUGCCUCCUAGGGGCCAAAGGGGAUUGACAGAGCUAUCAGGCCCUGUAGCUGGAAUCGAAAUGCAAAUCCGGUUGUUAUCUGUCUACAUAAAAUUUGUCAAUAGGU